AUCCAGAAGGGUAGGAGUAUUGGCUUAGUUCUCCGCUGACUGACUUCCUAAAAAAUAUCCUCCUACCAGCCACAUGCAAGAGCAUGACCCAGCAUCUUGCCCUCCUCUCUACCAUCUUAGCUCACAGGAAUCCCAAUACAGAAAGCUGUGUUCGACUACUGGAAAGAUUUGGUUGCAGGUGAAAGAAAGAAAGGGUUUUUGGGUUUGCAAAUUAAUUCAUGGCAGAUCCGCUGCACUCUCCUUCCAGUAAACCUCAUGAUCAUGGACCACACACUGCAUUUGGUUUGAUUUUCGGUCCAGAUUAUGGCACGCCAGUCUCGACAAGCUCUCAGCAGAAUGAGCAACAAUUAAUGGAGAAUGAUAUCCCCCAUGGGAGUACUGGUAGCAUGCACCUGCUAGAUGAUAAAGAUAUUUUUGGUCAGCAGAAUGAGGAAUUUGUGGACAAUGGUGUUCAUCGUGAAAGUAAUGGGGGUGGGCAUCUAAUGGAUGAGCAUAAUUUCUUUGGUCAGCAGAACGAGCAAUUUAUGGAGAGUGAUACCCCUAGUAAGAGUGAUGGUGGAAGGAUCACAAUAGACGUGAACAGUUCUGUUAGGCUAGUUAUGCCAGGUGAAUCUGGUGAAGGUUUGCCAUUUGCUCCGACAGAUUGGCCAAAUCCUGGUGAUAACUGGGAAUGGAGAGUAGGAAAGAGGGUUAACUCUUCUGGCCACUUCCAGGACAGAUUCAUUUACCUUCCAAAAAGCCUUCAGGGGAAAAAGAAGCAGAUGUUUGCUAGCAGGCCUGCACUUGAAAAUUACAUUCGAUCUGCAUUCCCAGGUGCAGAUAUUGAUGCAUUUUUUGCAUCGUUUACAUGGAAGAUACCUGCAAAAGUCCAGUCUCCAACAAAAGUGGAAGCUGCGCCUCUCCCUCUUGAGAACCCUCUUGAAGAUGAAACUUUGAAAGUUCAAGAAGGGAAAGUAGAAAAUCCUCGUUAUGGUCGGAGGCAAAGGAAGCAGAUUUUACCCAUGUUAACAGAAGAAGCUGAAGAACAGAAACAAGAAAAGAAACAGAGAACUCCACGUUCCAGCCAGAGGAAAAGAAAAGAGGAUGGGAAACAGGAUGCACCUACAUCAGCAUCCACGUCAAAGCGAAAAGCUACGCGUUCUUCUAAAAGAUCUGUGUCUCAUACUGCUAAUGGUGAAAUUGUAAUAACUGAGCCUGAACCUGUAGUUAAUGUCAUUCCAGAGGGUUUUGAUAACUAUCUCAGUUCUUUGGAAGAUAUUCUCACUCAACCUCUCUCUGAAACUCAAGUAGCAUACUCUGCAGCCACUGAAGCUCCUCUUACCGAAAGUGAUAUGGCAAAAGCCCGAAGCAAGCUUUCUUCCCUUCUACUCAUGGAUUUUCCCUCUCUAGUCUCGUCCAGAAGCAUUUCCAAACUCACAACUAUAGCAUCCAAACUAAGGAAGGAUCCCACUCUUAGUGCCGAACAACUUGUUAAGUUAAAAUUGAUAGAGGAAAUCCCAUCAUUCAGCAAGGUUUUUCUUGAGAGUAGGCAAACAAUAGAGCAAGUUUACAAGUUCUUUGGUACCCUUGAGGCAAACAAGGCGAAGGUCAGCUCUCUGAGGGAUGAAUAUAAUGAAUUGAAGGAGAAAGCAGACCAGCUUCAGUCACAGGUUGAUUCCAACUUACUGACUGUGCAGGAAAUUGACAAUCAAAUUUUUCAACUUCAAACCUGGCGAGCAGAGCUCACUGAUACAAUUGAGAAUAACAAGUCAGCAAAGGUCGAGGUGGCCUCUGCUCAAGGGAUGGUGGCAAAUUCAAUUCCAAAUGUUGUGCGCGAUAUUCAGGUUGCCAACUCCAAAAUUCCAGAAUGGGAGCUGAAAAGGGCAAAUGCAGAAAAACGUGAAGCUGAAAUUCUGGAAAAGUUUGCCCCUUUAAAAGGGUUUUCCUUGUAGGCAAUGUCUUUUUUUCUUUUAGGUUGCCAUGGGAGUCUAGGUAAUGUCUUUAAGCGUACGUCUCCAUAUUGCAAUGUUUAUUGGCUCUUACCUAGAAACUUACUUGGGAUCAUGUAGGCUUUUAGCAGCUGUUGCCCUGCAUGUCCUUCUGUAUUAGUUUGUUUCUUCACUUCACAAUGCUGUAACAGUGACAUCUAUGGUCUGAAAUAAUAGGGUUUUAUUGCUAUGCGUUUCA